CAAGAACAACAAGAAACAUGGCCAGCUUCUCAUUAACCUCGGCUUUCCGUGCCGUAUGUCGACCAUUGUCACAACCAACGCGCUUACAAAGAUUCUCUACAGCACCUCGUCGUUUAGCUGAACAACCUGCUACAUCUCGACCCGAUGUUGGUGCUUCGUCCUUGUUUGAAAAUGUCACUGUUGAAUCUGGAAAGGAACAAUUGGAACAUGGUGAAAAGGCAGUGAAGAAACAGUACCAAUGGUCGUCUACCAACAUGAAAGGCAGCCCGCGAAAAUUAAACAUGCUUGCACGACAAAUCCGAAACUUGCCUGUGGACGAAGCUAUCAAACAGAUGGAAUUCUCACCAAAACGAACAGCACGCAAGAUCAUGCACAAUUUGGCAUUUGCUCGAAAGAACGCUGCAGAACAGAAGGAUAUGCAAAACCUCAUUGUCGCACAAGCGUGGGUUGGCAAAGGACGAUACAUCAAACGCAUUCGACCACACGGUCGUGGUCAGUUUGGUAUUAUGCAUCACAAGGAAUCACAUAUCAAGUUUUUGCUUGAAGAGGCACCUCAAGCGGAUCAGGAAGCAAUCACAGCUUCCCGAAGAAACAUUCGUGGUUGGAAGGACACAAAGAAGGUUUGGACACCUUUGAAGGAGAAUAAGCCAAUCUACAACCCAAAGGCUUUCUACAACUGGUAGAUAAAGGGAGAGACAAGAGCCAUUUAGACAGCAACAGCCACACACAUUCACUUAUCAUACAUGCACAAACACUCGACAAUUUCUUCUCUCGCCUCAUCCCUCCCGUCUGAAAAAAGACGAUAUGUAUUUUCUUUUCUCUUCUUGUAAUUAGUGAUAGAGCAUUAAUGUUCAAUAUCUAUCCAAAAAAAAGUAUGAUUGAUUUUAUUAAUCGUUUCGGGAACACUUCGAAAGGCUUGGGUGAGGUGAUACAGUAAUCUAAACUAUGCCAAAGCGUUUACUGGGACCUUUAGAAUACCCUUUCUCAUCUGACCAACUGUAUCUAUUCUAUUACAAUGCCAAGAACUUGUUACCGUCUCUCUCGCACGA